AUGCCUACACAGCCUCGCUUCCUGCAUAUCUCUGCUAAGCGUGCACACAGCUCCACUGGAUGUAUGUCGCAGUUCUCCUGUGUACAGGGCAUUGUACGCACACUUCUGGCAGUGCACAGGCAAGUGCAGCCACCUGGCAGAUGCUCCCAACUUGAAAUGGUAACAUGAGAAGGAGUCCAUGUUUUCCAUGGCUGCUUCCCCUGACAUACAUAUCACCUUUAGGAUUAUUUUGGUUCUUUGGCUUCAAAUGAUCAAGUGUUGUCUUGUGACACUCAGCAGCCUUGUUCUGCCUUUCAGCAAGGAGUAAAAAGCAGACUCUGACUCUGCUAAGCAUUGCUACAUUCAUCAACAAGAGCCUGGGGAUGCCACCAGCCCAUGCCACAGAGGUCAAUCACAGAGGGACAGAAGGGCUACAUCACAUCCAGGCCAGGUUUGCUUUUGCCAUGAGUCUGGUGGCCGUGAGUCUGACUUUACAGAGGACAAUCUUCUAGUUCAGGGUGUCCCAAACUUGGGUCUCCACCUGUUUUGGGACUACAAUCCCCAUCAUCCCUGACCACUGGUCCUGCUAGCUAGGGAUGAUGGGAGUUGUAGUCCAACAACAGCUGGAGGGCCAAGUUUGAGAAACCCUAUUCUAGUGGAAGCUCUAGUUGGAGGUGUUUUCUAUCCAAAGGUCUGUUGGGUUAGACUUGUUUAAACCAUAAUAACGGGGAGCUGGGGUCUUGAGGUUGCCCAUCAACACUGAAAACCUGGACAUCAGAUUGAGUGAGGCACUCAGAUCACCUACCUGGUCACACUAUUCCUCACUAUGUCCUUGGUUUCUGUUUAAAUUACAGCCAUUAUUUCUAGGCAGAUUGUAUGCAGAUCUCUGUCCUCCUUUACUCUCUUGAUAGUGACAGGUUUCCUCUUUUUUUUGGCAAAGUUACCCUACAUAGCUGAUAACUGAGUUCUAGGAGAGUUUUAGCAGCUGAAUAAGACAGGCCAAUUCCCAAACUGUUGUAACGUGGAACUGGGGGGGGGGGUAACCUUUUUCAGGCUGAGGGUCACAUUGACCCACAGGCAACUGUCUGGGGUCACGUGUGUGUGUCAGAUUGGCUGAAGUGUAAAAAUUGGUUUCACCAUUUUUUAAAAUAAAUAAAUAAUACCUGGGUGUGUGUAUAUAUAUAUAUAUAUGAAUGAGAAUUCCUGGAUGCUAAGUACUCUUUGCUGAGAGAAAAUAUGUGACUACAGACUACAUUUCCACAAAACAGUAUGUGACAGUAUGUGGAAAUAAAGGCUGUUAUACCUUUAAAACGUGUGCCCUUCAAAGUGAGUUCCAAAAUGUCCCCUUAAAAAGUUCCUUUCCAAUGUUUUUUUUAAAAAAGACAAAUGAGUGGGGUUUUUGAGGUCACAAAAAAUCUAUUGGGGGACCAGAAGUAGCCAGCAGACCACAAGGCAGCCAUCCCUGCCAUAACCUGUCAGAGAAUCGGGCAAACUUUAAUUUGUCAUGUUUUCUCUAUAGCCUCUCCCUGUCCCCAUCCAGAGCAUGCAAAUUCCCAAGCCAAAAAAUUUAGGCUGUACCUUUAAGACUUGCUAACCUUAGCUUCUUGUAAAUCUUUAGGGCUCCUUAUUGUUUUUCAGAGCUGUGUGGCAGGAAUAAGUUGGGCAGAUGCAAUGCCUGCUCUCUGAGCAAUAAAUAGCACCCAUGAGAAGAGAAUAACCCACCAAGAUUUCCCCAACCAUAAAGCAAGAAGAUGCCGUUUUAGGCUGAGUUCUGGGAGAAGCUUUCAAUAUGCCUGGGUUAGUGGUGUAAAUUCAGGAGGCAACGCUUUUGCCAUCACUUACUUCUAUGACAGGGAAAGCUUCAUCGUGUUUCUGCAUGUUGUGGUUCUCUGAAGCCCCUGAGAACUCACUAGCACAGUCAGUCCAGGAGGCUGCAGCUCAACCGACCAUCAACUUAAUCAAAGUCUGCUUUCUCUUGCCAAUGCAUAACUAGGAGCAUAUUUGAGGCACUUCUUAAACCCUUAAGCGCACAGGUCAGAGGUACACACACACACACACACACACACACACACACACACUGUAUUAAGAGCAGAGGAACAGUCCAGGGGAAAAGAAAUUGGCAAUCAUACUACUACUACAUACUACUACUCCUACUAUACCUGAAGGAGCGUCUCCACCCCCAACGUUCUGCCCGGACGCUGAGGUCCAGCGCCGAGGGCCUUCUGCCGGUUCCCUCAUUGCAAGAAGCAAAGCUACAGGGAACCAGGCAGAGGGCCUUCUUGGUAGUGGCGCCCGCCCUGUGGAACGCCCUCCCAUCAGAUGUCAAAGAGAUAAACAGCUACCUGACAUUCAGAAGACAUCUUAAGGCAGCCUGUUCAGGGAAGUUUUUAAUGUGUGACAUUUUAGUGUAUUUUUGGUCUCUGUGGAAGCCGCCCAGAGUGGCUGGGGAAACCCAGCCAGAUGGGCGGGGUACAAAUAAUAAAUUAUUAUUAUUAUUAUUAUUUUAUUAUUAUUAUUUAUUUCUUAUACUCCACCCAACUAACUGGGUUUCCCCAGCCACUCUGGGCAGCUUCAUAACAUACAGUACUUCUAAAACCUGUUUUCACACCUGCAGGGUGUUUUUCUUUUAGCCAUUUACAAAAGUUGGUUCUCAAAUCUGAUAUUUAAGCUAAUGACAUGUAUUACACUGAGAGACUUGCAUCGCAAACCCAUCUAUUUCCCAGCCUGAGCAAGAAAGCAACUAUGCAAGUGGUUUGGUUUAGCCUGGAGUCCACAGAUUAGGCAAAAUUUAACUAGACUCUCAUGCAACACCUGCUGGAUAGGAUUAAAUAAAGUCCGUGAGCUUAAGAUGAUCUGCUUGAUCUCCACAGAUGAUUCUGCCAGUAUUGACUUGAUGUUAAUAAAGCGAUUAACUCGGAGCAAUAAACCCCAGCCAUGUGCAAUCAAAACAUGUCUUCUGUCUUUAUACUCCAGUUACAGCAGUCAUUCUUUGAGGCAUCAAAGCAGGAAAGAUUGCCCUUCAAAACCAUUUUUAAAGAACAAAGUAAACUGCUUGCAAUUUUCAUUGGCGUGCAGCUCGUCUACAGUUUGUUGUCCUAUAACUUGGAGACUUUGCAGCUUUUGUCACUUAGAGUAAAGACGUUCCAACUUAGUUCUGACAAUGGAGGCCCCAGAAGGUCAAAAGCCUUCUAAAUAAUGAAGUUUCUUUUGGCUACUGUUGAGCUAGGUGGAUCCCUGCCUUUGCUGAGAUUUUUCAUUCUGCAGGAAGGUCAGAGGGUGGAACUGGCAUCAUUGCUCCCCCUUCCAAAGAGACUGAAGUCAAAGUGGAAAGGGGAGAUUUCCUCCCUCCUCCCACUUGGCUCCCCACCAUCCAAUGUCCUCCUCUGUUUCUUCUUCCUUCUCCUGGGUCAGGAGCUGCCAAGACAAGCCUCAUCCCAACAAGGCUGGGGAGCUCUUGACUCAGCCAUUUGAAACUUACCUCAGCACUCAUCCUUCACUGCACCUGAGGGCAACAGGCUAGCAUAUGAGGUGCUGGAUUGAUCAUGUGGCACAUGCAGCUCUGUCCUCCGGCACCUCGCUGCCCAUCCAUGCCCACCAGCAUCUGCUUCCUCAGGUGACCACCACCAUCUACCUAAUGGUAGGGCCGUCCAUGCCUCCUGAACAAUGUGAGAUGGGAGGGUGCUGCUGCUGGGGGAAGUGGGAAUUGCCCAAUGUCAAGCUUCAAUCCUAAACUAACUUUUGGAAAUUUGCAGAAGGAAAACUUGAGUAGGCAUCAAGUAAAAUUAUGGUAUAGCCCAGGGGUCAGCAAACUUUUUCAGAAGGGGGCUGUUUCACUGUCCCUCCUAUGCCCCACAAAUAACCCAGAGAUGCAUUUUAAAUAAAAGGACACAUUCUACUCAUGUAAAAACACACUGAUUCCCGGACUGUCCGCGGGCCGGAUUGAGAAGGCGAUUGGGCCGGAUCUGGCCCCCGGGCCUUAGUUUGCCUUCCCAUGGUGUAGCUCAUGACAUUUCAAGAAUUAUUGACAGCAGUUGUUUGGGAAGUGAAAUGUUGUGGGCGAUCUUUGAUAAGUAAAAGCUGUCCCCAGUACCAGUCCAUAUGAAGAAAACAUCCUGGGAUUUCUUGUUAAGUCUUACGUUGCGUUGAAAAGGAUGCCCUUAAACAGGGUCGUAAAUAAUUGAAGCACAGCACAGUUAAAUAUUCAUGCGGUUUGUUUAUAGUUUCUGGUUUGUUUAUCGUCUUCCAAAGCUCUUGACUGUGGAUAAUGGCUGCUCUUGGUUCACAUGUAAGCAACGCAGCAAAGCUUUGGAGAGGAGAAGGGUAGGUCUAAAAUUUUAAGUUUCCCAAACAUUUGGAAGCCCAUAUUGCAACACUUGUUCAGGGGAGCCUACUCCCAGGUAGCUGUGUCCAGUGGGCUUGCAACAUAUGCAGGGGCUACGCAUAAGAGAGCCAGUGUGGUGUAGUGGUUAAGAGCAGUAGUCUCGUAAUCUGGUGAACCAGGUUCACGUCUCCGCUCCUCCACAUGCAGCUGCUGGGUGACCUUGGGCCAGUCACACUUCUUUGAAGUCUCUCAGCCCCACUCACCUCACAGAGUGUUUGUUGUGGGGGAGGAAGGGAAAGGAGAAUGUUAGCCGCUUUGAGACUCCUUAAAGGGAGUGAAAGGCGGGAUAUCAAAUCCAAACUCUUCUUCAAACUCCAAACUCUUUUUCCGGGGAGGUCUGUGCACAAAGGCAAAAUCAUGCAAAAUAAGGAAGACCCCCCCCCCAACCACUUCCAUGUGCUUAUAUUUACCUUACCAGGCUCUGGGAAGGUCACACGAGAUCUCAGGCAGCCCUUUCGGACUGUUCCUCGCCCCCUCUGGCUUUCCAUUCAUUUAUACAUUAUCCCACCAUCCUACCAAAAACUGCCACCGUGUAAGUAAAUCACUCAUAAGUUGCAGGCCUACUUUACAGGACUGCAGCCUUAGCAACGAAAGAUCAAAACAUACAGCAUCAGCUCAUGAAGACUUGGAACUCAUUCCACAUUUUACUUUUAAACCUUAAACUAGUCAUUUUUAUUUCUUUGCUUCACUGGAAUUUAACGUGCUGUAUAUUCUCAGCACUUGACAUAGUUGCUCAUGACUCGCUAAUGUUCAUAUCCUCUUUGUCAGGUCUUCCUGAUUUAGAAAUAAUGUUCACAUAGCUUCAGGAAGCCCCUUUAAGACAGAGGGAAUCUGCCAGGGUCUAGAGAUUCUCUGUGUUGAAAGUACUGUCAUACUGCAGCCCUGUCCACUGUCAACAGAAUACAGCUGCACAGCAGUGUUGACAGUUCAGCUUUCUUUGCAGUGGGCUUGUGUGUGUAGCUAUAUUUUUAGCAGAGCUGCGAGAGUAAUUUGAUAAAUUUUAAAAGGUGCCCUUGGUUAAUCGGGCAGAAGGCUCUAUCUAUAUAUUUAAUUGUUUGUAACACAGCAGCUUUCUCACACACAGACAAGGCAGGCAGCACCAUCUUGGAGCACUGCUAAACUAGAAGCAUAGAGUUGAAAUACGACACUUUGUUCACUCAUUUUUGUCAUGGGGCGUGCACGCCAAGGCAUAACAAAGCCAAUGUCUUCUUGAAUUUUACAGAUACUUCUUCCAUCUUUUCUCAGACAGCAGAAAAGGUGGCUUUAUUUGAAAGGAUGGUGCAGUCUCUACAGGUGUAAACAUUCUCAAUUCUCUUCUCCCAUCUUCCUAGGCAGUGUGGUUUCAACAUGCACAGUGGUGUCUCAAGCCAGUAAAAUAAGCCUAUCAUUACUGUACACAGCUUCACUAUAAGCUUUUGGUAGGUACCCCUUUAUCACCCCAUUUAUUUUUAAAUCAGUAUUUUGUGAGAAAAACUUUUCUGGCUUUUUUUACAUCACACCAUUGCAUUACAUUACAUUAAUUUACACACACACUGCUUUUUUUCUGGGGGGAAUGCGGGGGUACACAUAUGUCAAUAUGAGUAGGAAAAUGAGAGUACCCCUAAACAUUUCUUUAGAAAAAAAGCACUGUAUGUAUAUUGCAUUAGUGCUUAGAUGAAAAGGUGUAAUCACACUAAUAACUGAUUAUAUUAAAAAGAAAAGCCUUGCCACCUUUUCAGUCACUGCCAUUUCCAGCAACAUGGUUGUUUUAAUGAUUAAGCACUUCAAAUCUACACUUGUGAUACUUUUUUUUUUCCAUAGGCAUAAUUACACUUAAACAAAUAGGUACUUUACCCCUACUUAAAAGAUAAAUAUAUAAUUUUAAAAAUAACUGGGGGGGGGGAGAGAAGAUUUUUAAAAAUGACCUCUCAGGUGAAUUGGGCCUUUUGCUCUCAAAUCUACAAGAGCCAUGUGACGCUCACUGGUGUGGAGUAAUAUAGUGAGAUGAACGCAUGAGCCAAGUCAACAGGCAGGGAGUAGGAGGCAGGGGUGGGGGGCGGACGAUGAGAAAAAGGAUGGUGGGGUAGAGCUGUGGGGUUACAUAGGAGGAGAGGGGGAAGGCAGAGAGAGUGAGCCACAGCAGGCGGUGGCAACCUUGUAAGAUUCACUUUGGUGACUCAGACUUAUGUCUGUUUCCAAAAGUGACCAUCUAGAAUCGUUGGGAAACUUGCAAGGAGAGACUCAGUAGUGAUCCUUUGGCGUUUGUUCCUAGCAUCUGUUACUUUUUUAUAUUAAAAAGGCAUUUCAGCCACACUGGAAAUGACUGAUAUUCUGAUAAUAUUGUAGAAUGCCUUGUUUAGAUUCUUAGUAUUUUUAAAAACAAAACAAAACAGUACUUACAUGCAUUUCUUACUGAUUGUAGAUCAGCAAUGUAGGGUUAACCAUAAUAACUUUGUCAAGUGCUUUGAAUUGAUUGUGUUUGUAUAUUUGCCAGGCAGAAGAGAACAUUGCGAACUCUGCCGCACGCCUGAUGAGAAUGGACGCGUUUGUCCUGAACUUCAUGCCACGUAGAACUAACAUGUGUAAUAUGAGUAAAGGUCAGCAUUAAAAUAGCCAUUAACUUGUUUCCUUCUUCAAAUUCCAGGAGCAAUGCAGUCACAGAGAGAUGCAACCUUUUAAAUUCAUUUCAGC